CUCAAGAAAAUUCGCAUAGAGGGUUUGUACGAUUUUGACAUACAUCUACUGGUGAAUCUUGCUAAUAAGGGACCAGUUACCAUUACAGCAGAUGAUGUAGGAUUGAAAAUAAACAUAGACGCAAAAGAGAUAAUUAAGAACGGCAAAAAACAGAUAUAUGCUUCAAAAGUAAAUACGCAUCUCAAUGUCACAGAUGUUAAAUAUGAAUUUGGUGAUACCAAGAAGGAAUUAGUUCAACUGCAUCAAGCUCUUAGAAAUGUUGUAGACAGCAAUAUAAAAGAUGUUGUCGACAGUAUUGUAUUAGUAGUACAAAAGAAUAUCUCUGAACUGACCAUCAAAAUUUUUAACUAUAUAAGCCGUUCCAAUUAUGAGAAACUGUUUGCCGACAAAGUAUAAAGUCUGAGACUUUGAGAAUCAUUAUUAAUCAUUAUAAGAUCACUCCUUACGUGCUGCGGAUUCAUCAAAGAAUAACUUGGAAUAUUUGGAAACUUCGAUAUAAUAUUUUAAAAAU